UAGCACUUUCUUUAGAAAUAACACAAAAAGAUGCCACAUAUAGAGCACUCAAAUUCAUUCAAGUCUAAUUACAUAAAACUAGGGUUUCAAUACCUAGUCAACAACAUUCUCACAUUUCUCAUCCUCCUUGUCCUAACCACGAUUAUCGUUGUAUUAUUCAAAAUGAGUCCGGAAAAGAUCUUUCAAAUAUACCAGGAACAAAUCAUAUUUUUCUCUUUUCUCGUAAUCUUCCUAUCCACCCUCUACUUCAUGUCGAAGCCUCGUUCGGUCUACCUCGUCGACUACACGUGCUACCAAGCGCCUGGAAGUUGUCGAGCCGCGUUCUCCACGUUUAUGGAACACUCCCGUCUAAACCUUAAAAACAACUCUAAGUCCGUGGAAUUCCAGAUGAGGAUCCUCGAACGAUCGGGACUUGGAGACGAGACUUCGUUGCCUCUGGCCAUCCACUAUCUUCCACCAAACCCUACUUUCUCGGAUGCUUUUGAAGAGGCAGAGAUGGUGAUUUUCUCAUCUGUUGAUUCUUUGUUGGAGAAAACAGGGAUUCACUCUAAUGAUAUCGAUAUAUUAAUCGUGAAUUGUAGCUUGUUCGCGCCGACGCCUUCUCUUUCGGCGAUGGUGGUGAAUAAGUAUAAGUUGAGGAAUAAUAUUAAGAGCUUUAACUUGUCCGGUAUGGGUUGUAGCGCUGGACUUAUUUCAAUCGAUUUGGCACGUGAACUUCUUCAAAUCUAUCCUGACUCGAAUGCCCUUAUAGUCAGCACCGAAAUCAUUACUCCAAAUUAUUACCAGGGGCAGGAGCGCGCGAUGCUACUUCCUAACUGCCUGUUUCGUAUGGGAGGCGCAGCCAUUCUCAUGUCGAACAAGAGUGGGAACCGCGCCCGAGCCAAGUACCGUUUGGCUCGUGUCGUACGCACCCAUAAGGGUGCAGACGACAAAGCGCAUACUUGCGUGUUUGAGCAAGAGGAUGAAGAGGGUAAAGUUGGAAUUAGACUCAAUAAGGAUCUUAUGAGGAUAGCCGGAGAAUCUCUCAAGUCAAACAUCACCACGUUGGGUCCUUUGGUUCUCCCUGCAUCGGAGCAACUUUUGUUCUUGUUCAGCCUUGUUGGCCGGAAAAUCUUCAACCCUAAAAUGAAGCCUUACAUCCCCGAUUUCAAACAGGCAUUCGAGCAUUUUUGUAUCCACGCGGGAGGUAGGGCGGUGAUCGACGAGCUUCAAAAGAACCUCCAAUUAUCCGCCGAGCACGUGGAAGCAUCGAGAAUGACUCUUCACCGAUUUGGGAAUACAUCAUCAUCAUCGCUAUGGUACGAGCUUUGUUAUAUCGAAUCAAAAGGGAGGAUGAAGAAGGGAGAUAGGGUUUGGCAGAUUGCCUUCGGAAGUGGAUUUAAGUGCAACAGUGCUGUGUGGAAAUGCAAUCGUGCAAUCAAUGCUCCAAUCGACAGUCCGUGGACUAACUGUAUUGACAGGUACCCGGUUCACAUACCCGAUAUUGUAAAGCUCUGAAAAUCAAUGUUUUUUCAAUAUAAUGUUCAUAAAUGUGUUGUAUGUAUUAAAAGGGGAAACACAUGAAAAUGGUGUAACUACAUGUAGAAUGUUGUUGAUUUCUCUUAUUUUCUUUACUUAUUUUAGUGUAACUUGUAAUAGAGAGAAAAUGUCACAGUUGUGUAU